AGCCGUCUUGUUGGACCCCCAAAACGAAACCAGCCAUGGCGAUGUUCCCGGCCGCAGGGCUGGCCGCGGCACCGCUCUUCGCGGUACCCCAGGUCAUUGGCCGUGGACCGCCGGUCGCGCCGGCACCGCGCGCACUGCGCGGCACGGCGCAGCUGGGCGUGCGACGACGUGCCGAAGGCGUGCGCUUCCCGGCCGCGGCAAAACAGCCGCAGGCCGUAGAAGUGUCGCGAAAGUGGCGUCAUCGGCUGCUGGCGGCCUUGGGCGUCGCUGCAGCGUGGCUUUGGCCUAAGAUGGCCUAUGCCAGAGUUGCCAAAAGGGUUGUCAGCCGAGCUGAUGAGCGAAGGGCUGGGCUCUACACA